AUGCCUUCUUCCAGGGAGCUGCAACGACAAGGCAGUAGUAACUGGCUGAAGGAAGUGCAUAACCUUCUAACUUGCUGCAUGCCUGUUGCUCUCUAUGCACUUCUCUUUGGAAAUGAGGAGGGGUGUAAUCAUCGCCAGAGUCUGUGUUGCUUUUGUAAUGUAUUUUUUUAUUCCUUUUUGCUAGCUGGCUUGCCUUUUGCAAUUCUCAAUUCAAGACGUAUCCCCUUCCAGAGAGGAGUUUUCUGUAGUGAUGAAUCCAUCCGGUAUCCAUACAAAGAGGACACCAUUUCUUAUAAGUUGUUAGCAGGAAUAAUUGUUCCUUUCAGUCUAAUUGUUAUAAUCCUAGGAGAGACUCUCUCUGUUUUUUAUAAUCAUUUGCACUCAAAUUCAUUUGUCAGAAAUAACUACAUAGCCACUAUCUACAAAGCCAUUGGGACCUUCAUCUUUGGAGCAGCUGCUAGCCAGUCGUUGACGGACAUUGCCAAGUACUCCAUAGGUAGACUGCGUCCUCACUUCCUCGCUGUGUGCCAGCCCGACUGGGCACGAAUCAACUGCAGUCUAGGUUACAUUGAGAACUUCUCUUGUCAAGGAGACAAAGCAAAAAUCAAUGAGGGAAG